GUGAGUGCAGUGGAGCGACAACAUGCUGGGCUCUGUGAUUCUGCUCUGGAUAUGCAUUUCUCUCCUAUUCUUUCUCAUCAGAACCCGCCGCCCCAAAAACUUCCCACCUGGACCACAACCCCUCCCGAUAUUUGGCAACCUGCUACAGCUUAAUCUAGAAAAUCCCAUGCCGGAUCUUGAAAGAUUAUCAAAGAGAUAUGGAAGAGUUUUCAGUCUUUAUUUUGGAGGCAGACCAGCUGUGAUACUGAAUGGAGCAGGAGCAAUGAAGGAGGCGCUGGUCAACAAGGGGUUGGACUUUGGUGGAAGACCACAAGGCCUCUUACUCAGCCACCUCACACGUGGAAAAGGUGUCAUCAUGGCUGACUAUGGUCCUAGUUGGCGGGAGCAUCGCCGCUUUGCACUGAUGACCUUAAAGAAUUUUGGUUUGGGAAAGCGAUCAAUGGAGGAAAGGAUUCUAGAGGAGAUAUCUCAUGUUUGUACUCACCUAGAGGUCAAUGCAGGUAAAUCUAUUGACCCUCAAACUCUGUUCCACAAUGCUUCUUGUGACAUCAUCUGCUCAAUCUUGUUUGGCUCUCGAUACGAGUAUGAACAUGAGUUUUUCCAGACUAUGAUAAAAAUGAUGUCCGAAAACUCGAAGAUUGCUAAUGGACCAUGGGGCAUGGUGUAUGACACAAUGCCACUGUUGAGGAAUCUUCCUUUACCCUACCAGAAAGCUCUGAGGGAUUACAAUACAGUUAACAUGUAUGUUUCAGGCAUUGUAAAUGAGCACAGGGCAACUAGAGUGCCAGGAGAACCACGUGAUGUGAUUGACUGCUAUCUGGAUGAAAUGGAGAAGAGAGGUGAAAGUUGUGUCAUCUUUGAUGAAAGCCAGAUGGUGGUGUUGUUGCUUGAUAUUCUCUUUGCUGGAACCGAUACCACAUCUAACACCCUCCGAUACACUGUGCUGUGCCUUAUGACUUAUCCAGAAAUUCAAGAAAAAUGUCACCUUGAAAUGAAUGGUGUUUUAAAGGAUAAGGCGCAAGUCUCUUUUGAAGACAGACACAAAAUGCCGUACACACAGGCUGUAAUACACGAGUGUCAGCGCAUGGCCAGUACUCUUCCUUUGAGUGUUUUUCACUGUACUACCAGAGACACUAAGCUCAUGGGAUAUCAGAUUCCUAAGGGAACGCUCAUCAUUCCUGACCUCUCCUCUGUGCUCUAUGAGAAGGACAAGUGGAAGUUUCCUCAUGAGUUUCACCCAGUCAACUUCCUGAACGAUCAGGGCCAGUUUGAGAAACCUGAAGCUUUUAUGCCCUUCUCUGUCGGACCCCGUGUGUGUCUUGGUAAGGAUCUUGCUCGUAUGGAGCUCUUCCUUAUCUUGGUUACUCUUCUGCAGCGUUUCCAGUUUGUGUGGCCUGAAGAUGCCGGGGAACCAGAUUACCAGCAAAACAGAGCCAGUAAAACAGAUAUAAACUGUGACGUCAAAUGUUUAAGAACAUAGUGUAAAUUACAGUGCAAAAUAUAAUUUGAACUCCUGAUAGAUCA